CUUCCCGUCCCGUUGGACUCCUGGGUUCGGGAACGCGCGGCUCCGCCCUCACACCUGGCGCUGGGGCGUGCCUCAGUUUACCGGAGGCGGGGCGUUCCUCCACCCCCGCCCCCCUCCUUUUCCCUCUUCCUCUUCGGGGCGCUAGCAGCCGCGCCUCGAGCACUGCCGGAACUGAAGCUGGGCUCCUGGCGGCCCGGAGGCGGGGGCCACGUCAGCGGGGCGGCGGGGGCCGUGCGAGCGCCGGUCGCGGCGGGCGCCAUGCGGCGGGGCGCACUCCUGGCGGGCGCCCUGGCGGCCUACGCCGGGUACCUGGUGCUGGGCGCGCUGCUGGUGUCGUGGCUGGAGCGGCCGCACGAAGCUCUCCUCCGGGCCGAGCUGGAGACGCUGCGCGCGGAGCUGCUGCGGCGCAGCCCGUGUGUGGCCGCCCCCGCCCUGGACGCCUUCGUGGAGAGGGUGCUGGCGGCCGGACGGCUGGGACGCGCCGCUCUCGCCAACGCUUCGGGGCCCGCCAACAACUCCGACCCCGCCUGGGACUUUGCCUCCGCUCUCUUCUUCGCCAGCACGCUGGUCACCACCGUGGGCUACGGGUACACAACGCCGCUGACCGAUGCGGGCAAGGCCUUUUCCAUUGCCUUUGCGCUCCUGGGCGUGCCGGCCACCAUGCUGCUGCUGACGUCCUCGGCCCAGCGCCUGUCGCUGCUUCUGACCCACGCACCCCUCCUCCGGCUGACCACGCGUUGGGGCUGGGACCUCCGGCAGGUGGCCUGCUGGCACCUGGUGGUCCUGCUGGGAGUCGUAGUGACCACCUGCUUCCUGGUGCCGGCUGCCAUCUUCGCGCACCUCGAGGAGGGCUGGAGCUUCCUGGACGCCUUCUACUUCUGCUUCAUCUCUCUGUCCACCAUCGGCCUGGGUGACUACGUGCCCGGAGAGGCCCCCGGCCAGCCCCACCGGGCCCUUUACAAGGUGCUGGUCACAGCCUACCUCUUCCUGGGCCUGGUCGCCAUGAUGCUAGUGCUGCAGACUUUCCGCUACGUGUCCGACCUUCACGGCUUCACGGAGCUCAUCCUGUUGCCCAGUCCUUGUCCCGCCAGCCCCGGCGAGGAUGACGACGAUCGGGUGGACAUCGUGGACCCGCAGCCGGAGUCGCAGCAGCAGCUGGCCGCCGGCUCCCACGCCGACUACGCCUCCAUCCCCAGGUAGCCGAGGCCGGGAGGACCUGGCCCGUGGCUGAGGGGGGCCACGUGACUGGCGCUGCCGUCCUGGACCGUCCGCGAGUGCGUGCCCGAGCUCUCGAGGCACUGCCACCGGCCGUCCGUCCUUUGUUUGACGUGUCCCUGUCCCAGGUUCCACCGCCACCGCCUCGUUCUCCCCCCCCUGCCCCAUCUCUCACUCCCCACACCCUGGGCUCUCUGGCUUCCCUCUCACUCUCCUUGUGUCUCAUUCUUUUACUGACUCCACCUGC